AUGCAACCUCCCCGCAGGGUCUUUAAAAAGAGCUCCAUUUUGUGCCGGCUGUCCGGGAGAUGGUGGGCUAGCGAUCGGCAUCUGCCCUGUUGCAGCGGCAGAAGUUGCGCCCGGAGGGAGAGGGAGGAGAAAAAAAAAAAAGGAAGUGCCUCUCGCCGGGGAGGAGGAAGAGGAAGGCUGCUGCAGCUGCAGCGAGAGCGGCGCAGCAAAGAGAAAGCGGGAGCGCUCGCGGACCCCGCGCAGUAGCUGCUGGACGGCGGGUGGCGGCGCUGGAGAGGACGCGAGCGAGCGGCCGCCGCCGUGGCGCGCGAGGGAGGAUGAAGCCGGCGGGGACUGGACGCGCCCCCACGGCCGGAGGGGGGGCGGCCGUGGCCCCGGACGCCGCGCCCACCGCCCUGGGGGCUUGCCCGGGCUUGGAGGCGCCCGGCGCGGCGGCGGCGGAAAAAGUGGUCCACUCGCGCUCGCAGGUCCUGUUCUGCAGCGGCACCAAGGCGCUGGGCGACGCCUUGAAGCUCCUGGUGCCCCAGUCGACGGCGUUCAUGAGCUCGGACGCCGAGCUGUGGGACUUCCUGUGCAGCCUCAAGCACGAGUUCUCGCCGGUCAUCCUGCGCAGCAAGGACGUCUAUGGCUACGCCUCUUGCCGGGCGGUCGUGCCGGACCUGCCCCAGGGCUUGGCGGCGGGCGCCAGGGCCAGCAGGAGGAGAGGAGCCGCCGCCAAGGGGAAGCGUCCGCGGGGCCACGCCAAAGGCAGAGGAGGCGGCGCGAAGCGAGCGGUCAAGAAGCGCGGGGAGGACGGGGCGGCUCCGGCCCCGUCGGGAGGGGACUCGCCGCCGCCGCCGCCCCGAGAAGCCGCCCCCGAGAAGCAGCAAGAACCGUCGCCGCCCUGGACCAAGUUGGAGGCCUGGCAGCCGGAGGCGCCUCCUCCCCAGGGGACGAUUUCCGACGGGAGGUUCCUCGAGGAAACCCGGAAGGCGGCCCUCCCGCCGCUCGCCGCCUUCCCCCCCUUCAAAGUGCGCGGCAACAUCUGGAAUCGGCGCAGCCUGGAAGCCACCCGGCGCCGCGCGCAGCGCAUCUUGCGGGUCAACCUGGCGCCCGUGGUGAGGCUGCGCCGGCUCCCGGGACUCGUCUGCUGAGAGGCGCGCGUGGGCGGUGGAGACGGUCUCCCCCCUGCCCGACGACCGCCUCUCCGGACCGCGAAGCGAGAGGAGACCCCUGCCAGUCGACUGUUUACAAUUCCUUUGGGCUGGAUGGCGUCCUCCUUUUUAGUCAAUUAACUGCACUUUAGGGCACAGAUACCAAAGUAGUCACUGGGUCUACUAAAAAGAAAUGAAGGGGUGGCCCACCUUUCCUUUCCCACCCCUCGGCUUUUCGUGUCUCUUUCAGAAGCCUGGCUGGUUGCCUGUCCACUUAAUCAAGUCGGAAAGUUGGGACUCAGACUUGGCUUAUCUGGAUCAACUUUAGCCUGCACAAGCUAUUCAACCCAGAGAAGAGAUGCAAUCUAGCUUCAGCCAUUAGUCUCACUUUCUUUCCAAGGGCUACCUCACUUUUCUGGGAAAGCACCGUUACUACCCAUUCUUCCAAAGGAACUUUCUUUCCUAGCACAAUAAAAUGCCAAUCAAGGUUUUAUUUUUAUUUUUUUCCUUUUAAGACGUAGCCAGUGGACUGUGAUGUGUGACCUUUGUACUAUUGCACUGUAUACUCAGGGUUAUUUGAAUAUACAAAGUGUUUUCCAAUUUUGGAUGACGCAUCAGCUUUGACCAAGGACAUUCAAGGAAUGAAAACGUAGACCUCGUGAUUGAUACAAUAGUGCAAAAUAUUUCAUGCUGUUACCACCCCCACCCCCCUUUUUUGUAAUUUGGACUUGAUAAUACAGAGUUUUGAUACGGUAACAUGAUUUGUAUGUAAUAAAAUUUUAUAGCUGAAA